UUUAUGUUAUGGUGAACCUAAUAACCUUUGUUCCAAAUAUAUAUAUACUAAGGCCUUUUUAUCUAUAAAUAUUUUUACACCUGUCUUUGAUUCAAAUAAAUCAAAUGUAAAACGGCUUGUUUUUUUUAAAAAGUUUGUGCUUAGAGCUGAGAGAAAAUUUUAUCUAAUGCCAAGACAAUAUAGACUGCAAUCUAUUCCUCAAGAAAAUGAACUUAUAAAUGAAUCAACACCAGCAUUCAAAAAAAUCUCAUCUGUUGUAGAAGAGAAGCCUUUAAAUCAAGUUGAGCCAGUAUGGAAAUCACACUUGUAUCAAAUGCAGCUGAAGGCUCCAAAGCCAAAAAGAAUAGUAUGUAAUACAAUUCUUGAAAACAGGCCCUCAAUAUAUGGAAAAGAAUUUCAUGGAGCUAUCUCAAGAGAGGAAGCUGAAAAACUAGUUAUGAAAGAUGAAGGCUGUUAUUUAACAAGAGAGAGUGAACGACUUCCUGGAACAUAUGCACUCACAUUUAGAUUUAAUAAUGCUCCCAAAAACUACCGUCUAUAUUAUGAUACAGAUGAAAAAAUGCAUUUUGUUGGAGAAAAGCAGUUUGAGACAAUCCAUGAUUUAGUUGCUGAUGGUUUAAUUACUCUUUAUGUUGAUACAUAUGCAAAAGAUUAUAUUGAUCAAAUGGCUGCUAAUGUUACACAAAAUCUAAUUGGAAAUGAACCAGAUAGGGCAAGAGAUGAAAAUGAUAAUGAAGGAGUAAAAAAACCAUCGUUUAAAGCUUCAGAAGUUGCUAAAGAACAUAAUUUCAAAACACAGACAUACUACGGACCUCAUUGGUGUGAUUAUUGCAAAAAUUUUAUGUGGGGUUUAAAAUCUCAAGGAGUUCGUUGUCAAGACUGUUCGUAUGAUUGUCACCAACAGUGCAGUAAAGCCGUUCCUAAUCAAUGCUCACCAGAUAAAAAACUUGUCAAACGAGUAUUUGGUGUUGAUCUAACAACUUUAAUUAAGGCCCAUAAUUUAAAAAGACCUCAGGUAAUAGAUUCCUGUAUUAGAGAGAUUGAGGAACGAGGCAUGGAAGUUGAAGGUUUAUAUCGAAUUCCAGGUUAUGCUGAUGAUAUAACCUAUUUACAAAAUUGCAUAGAUAAAGAUGGCACAUUACCAGAUAUAACUCAAAAUGGAGUAAAAGAUGUCAAUGUCUUAUGUGGUUUGCUAAAACUCUAUCUUCGUAUGUUACCGAUACCGAUAAUAACGUUUGAUCUUUAUGAUAAGUUUAUUGAAGCAAUUAAGCAAGAAAAUGCGUUUGAACAAAUUAAAUCAUUGAGUAGUGCUAUAAAAGAAUUACCUCCAGCUCAUUACGAAACAUUGAAAUAUUUGUGCAGACAUUUGCAACGGUUGUCAAAAUAUAAAGAUAAAAAUUUGAUGUCAUCAGAAAAUCUUGGAAUUGUAUUUGGCCCGACAUUAAUGCGUCCUCCAGAUCACUUAGCUCUCAUGGCAGUAGGAAAUAUAUACUUUCAGAAACGCAUAAUCCAAUUACUUAUUGAAGAACAAGAUGUUUUGUUCGAUAAUUAAGAAAGUUUUUAUGAUUUUUAUGGAUCAUAAUUACUGUGUCACGAUUACGACAUAAUAAUUACUGUGUCGACGAUUACGACAUAACAAUGUUACGACUCGGAGUAUAGCUUAAGGAGCUCUAUAAAAUUAACGUUGGCAAUCUUUAAAAGUUCAAGAGAAUAUAUAUUUUAGACAA